AUGUUCGAGAAGGCGCGGAAGCACCACGCAUUUGCGGAUCCGCGGGAGCGCGGUGGCUCGGUGGAGUCGCGGCCAUGGCUGCCCGAACGUGGCGGGGAGCAGCAGCCGUCCUCGUCGUUCUCGUCUGGGUCCCCGCCGCGUGCUCCCCCUCAUCUGUCUGCUUCCGGGGCGGAUCCUGGGAAUGGCGACAGUUUCGACAAGGUCCUGUUCAGGAAUCUCGUCGAGAUGGUUCCCCUUGUCGAAUCUCUCAUGGUGAACUUCAUGUUUCCAAAUGGCUCCCUAUUUCUCUCGCCAUACUGCUUAAGUUUCUCUUCCUCUUUGCUAACAUCCUUAUGCUAUUUCACAUAUUAUAAUAUCCUUCUUUAGGAUAAAAGAUCAAAUUCGUCAUUCACCCGCCGAGCAUCCAUGAUCUACACUCCGGCUCCCGCCAAUGAGAGAAAGGUGAGAGAAUUACGCUUAAGUUCCUGUUUAUGAAAGCUGUUGCUGAUGUGUUUCGUGAAGUUCCGUCAUGCGAUUACCACGUCGACUAGUGGGUUUCACCUAUAGAACCGCGGGCUGCAAUUUUACAGUCGUUAGAUGGGAUAGAGGAUUACAUGAGAUGGCAUUCUCGCUUCAACGAUGGUAAAUAUACUCCUCCUUCAAAACCAGGGGGCUAUUGAUGACUUCGCAUGGCAACAGUUCAUGGAUUAUAAAAUUAAAGGCUUGCACACGAUACCUUUUAAAAAUGUGGGAUUGGAAUUGACGUGCGGAGCUGGGUAUCCAAGCAGUAAUCUCGUUAACCUGAUGUCUAUUUCAAUACGGGAAGUAAUGCUGAAGAUAGAGUUGGUAAGUGAGAAAUCAAUGCUAUAAGUGUAAUAAAGAUUAUUAUGGUUAAGGCUUGAAUGAAUCUUAUGGAAGGAUUGUAGAUGGAGAAUAAGAUCAAAUUUGGAAACAAUGCUUCAUAAGUCCUGACUCUCAUUUCUGCCUCUCUUUUUCUUAUAACCUUGAGUUCCACAUAAAUCUGUUUAACCAAUAGUGUUGACUUCCAUCAAACCUUUGAUUCCCUAAAAUAGACGCAAUUUCCUUCUAUCUCCUACCAAAGUGAAUACCUAGGAUAACAUCCUUGAACAACCCAUUGCAGCUAUGUUUUUCAUGCAGCGUGGAUGAUAAAACAAGCGUCCACGAGUAUGAUUUCUUUCAGAUUGAACUCUUCUGUAACAGUCUUCUGAUAACUGCAUUGAUGUCCUUUCAAAUGAAUGCCAUUUGGUUAGACCAGAAAACAGAGAAGACUAUUUCUUCUCAUUAUACUCACUUCGUAUACAUAGGCUAUUUGAGUGAAUGGCAUUUGGUAGACUAAAAUAAGCUCUUUAUGCUCACAGACUUCUGCUACGAAAAACAGGAAGACAGCUCAAAGUGUGUCGACAAAAAGUCAAAGGGAGACCAGCGAUAAUAGUUCAAGCAAACUCAUCUGUAGAGAUGAUGGCUGUCAGGGGGAUGACUCUUCAGUCCUGUCAACAGGGGCCCCUGAGCAAGAGGAUAUUCGAAGAGAUAGAGCAGAAUUAAUUUCUUUGAAGGAGCAAGUGGCUGAUCUGCAGAAUAAAUUGUUAGAGAAAGAUGAAGCCCUAAAGUCCAUGGAAGAUUCAUUGAAUCAUAUGAACUCAGUCCGUGCGAUUGUUGAUGAACUGAAACACCAAGUCGAAGAGAAGGAUUCAAUGAUCAAAUCUGCCAUAUCUCAGCUCUCCAGUUUGAAGGUAUCUGUAAUUCAACACUUCUGCCGUCAGAGUUUCUUUGUUCUGCAAUGUUAGCCUAAAUGCAUGUAUCUCAUCCCAACGUUUCAUUUUGGUCUUAACUUUGGUGGGAAUCAUCUUCUCGAAUAAAUAAUUUCACCAAGAUACUUAUUUUACCUUCAUCUUCAUCAUUAUCACAUGUUCAUUUAUCCUACUACGCUGUCAACAGUAUACUUUAGGAAGAUCCUGGCACAUUGAAACAUGUCUUUAUGACUGCUGCUAGCCUAACAUUUAAUCUUUCCACGCUCAAAUAACUGUUGCAGGCUCUGAACUCUCUAUCAUUUGACUCCAAGAGUUACGUUAACAUGCUCUGUGAUGUGUCUGAUAGGGUAGAAGGUGGCCCUGAAUUGUAUUCAAAACUUUUGUAUGUUUCAUAUUGUUGAUGGGUCGGGAGUAGGUGAGAGUUGUCUGAGGAAUCCCUCUCCCCCAAACUUAUUCUACAGUUAUUUUGAUGUAGUCACAUACAUGUGAACCCUCUUUCAAGAGAUGGUUAUAGUUAAUUCAAUUUUUAGACAAAUAACUUGCAGCUGGUGUACUUCCCUUUACAGAUUAAACUUGCUGACAAGCAGGCGGCAUUGGAAAAAUUCGAGUGGGAGGCAAAAACCUCAAAUCAAAAGGUUGAGCAACUUCAGGGGGAGUUGGACACUGUCGAAUAUGAAAUCAGUGUGUUCAUGCAGAUAUUCGAAGAACUGUCAAAGAGUGAUUCACAUUCGUCAACAGAUGAAAAUAUUACCUAUUUUGAUAAUUUUGAUAUUCUCCCAGACAUAGUAAGUUCGAAUUUCUUACUUGAUGAAGUGACAUACUAUUUAUUACUUUUGGAGAAUGGGCAAGGUCUUCCUGGGUUUAAUUUACUUGUCUGUUGUCACACUUAAGACUAUUUGUGUCCAGACCAUCACCUCUACCAAAUAUCAUACCUCUCAUAUGGGUGUUUCAAGUUUUGAAUGUAUUUUUGACGAGAUGCACAUUUCUCCCUUAUCCUUCUCCCUAAGAUAUUCAGCUGGGUUGAUAUUUAGUCAGAUCUAAAACAUAUCAUAAAAACUGCAAGCAUUCCAUGGUUCUAGUGUACCGUUUUAAUUUAUUCCAUGUUAUGUUGACGAAAUUGAAGCAGGAGAUGCGAGAACACUGGUACUGUAACAUAACGUUAUAAAAACUUCAGUAGUUAAGGCUAGGUAGUAAUUUUUUAUAUUAUUAUUUGUACUCUUAUAAUGUGUCAUGUAUUUUGGAGGACUGAUUUUUUAAAAAGAAAUUGGCACAACACCUAGUUUUUCUUUACAUUCAGCCGGAGACUACUGAACGUAUUUGUGAAAUUUAUUAGAAAUGCUGUCUCAAAUUUAUUACGUUCAGCCUAGUUUUUCUUUAAGUUCACAAAUUCUCUGCAUUUGUGAAAUUUUGUUAGAAAUGACUCUGUCUGAAUCCUCAUUUUCUAGGGUAUAGUGUUGUUUAGUUGUCUACGAUUUGCUUGAUGCAUACUAUCUUCAUGAAAUUUGGUCCACAUUGCAUCAAACCGAACCCAGAUACAAACCCUAGUAGAGUCUUUAACUAAAAACUACGGCAAUUGCCAUCAAGAAACCUUGUUGAGUUCAGUCACAAUAUGUAGGAAAGACUAGGCUACUUUGAGUGGAAAACACAAUUUCUCUUGGUCUUCUCCGGAUGAACAUUUCUUAAAUUGUGUUGUGUCAUAGGUCAAAACCAAUGAUGGAAUCUUUCAGGGUGAUUAUCUUUUUUGAGAAUAUUUUCUGCAGGCAUUUGUUAAUCCAUGCACGAGUUCAUGAAACACAGUCAUUGUACAUUCUUCUUACCGCCCAUGAAUCGACCUGAAACUGCCUUAAAUAUGUUUCUAGUCGAACGUUGUGGAGAACAAUCUACUAGUUGAUGUAUGAGUUUUAUCUGUGAGUCGAUUAGAAGAUUAAACCCAGAAGUCGCACAUUGUCUCAUGUUUGUGUGUUAACGUGCCAUUUAGAAUGUGGUCUCAUUAGAUCCAUGUUAGGUCCUUUGGUAUAAUGAAGAUCGAACUGCUAGUCGAUGUGCGAGCUACAUCAGUGAAUCUAUUGGAAAAAUGAGACCGAAAAGUUCCGCAUCACCUCAUAUUGUUGUGAUCAUAACCCAUUUAGAAUGGGGGUCAUGAGACCCAUAUUAGGUAUUUUGGAGCGAUGGAAUGGAAUGUGAUAGUAUGAAGACUGAUCUACCAGUUGACGGAUUCUGAUAAUCUCCCUUAGAUGCGACACAUAAAUGGGGUUUUUUGAUAUUCUGAUUCUGAUAUUUUGGGGUUUUGUUGGGUGAACGUAAAUGGGGUGCAUGCAGUCCAAGAACAAGAACUGAGAACUCUGAAACCAUGUCAGGGUAGCUCGGUCAUCUAAAUUCAAAACAAACUGGAAAUGAAUGGAGCAGGCCCAUCGUUUUGGUCACAUUUUUUUGGGGUAAUUAUCAAUGCGUCCACCUUAAGAUGGCAUUCCUCCAAAUGUGGGUUGAGUUUCCUUAAGAGCUAAUUGUAAUAGUCAUUAGAAAUUAUUUUGUCAUUCCAUGACCAGUAUGUUUCCGACAGGAUGUUGACGAGGAUGGGAUGGAGGAGGCAAGAAGGGAUUACAUGGCUGCCAUUGCCACCGCAAAGGAAAACCCUACUGAGGAGACACUGUGUGCCGCAGCUGAGGCGAGGCAGAGGCUUCAAGCUUUCGUGCUCUGA